GGAGGUAAAUAUCUUGUUUUUCCGGAAGCAUCGAUUCCGCAAGAAGCUAGUGAAACCUGAAGAAUAUGGACAUUACAAAGAUUAUUUCUGAUAUUUCAGAGUCAGAUAUUAAUGACUUUUACAUCACAUGUAAUGGAAAAAUUGUUCAUAGACAAGAUGAGAUUGAAGAGGGCAGAAUUUAUCGGAUUGUACCCAGGGUGCUGGGUGGCAAAGGAGGGUUUGGUUCGAUGUUACGAGCCAUUGGAGCACAGAUUGAUAAAACAAACAACAGAGAAGCCUGUCGAGAUUUGAGUGGACGACGAAUGAGAGACGUCAACAAUGAAAAGCAACUAAAAGAUUGGGUUGCCAAAAAGGCGGAGAAAGAAAAAGAGCGAGAGGAAAAACGGAAGGAAAGAAUGGAGAGAAGGCGAGCCCUGCCCAACCACAAGUUUGAUGACCCAGUAUAUGAUAAACAGAGAGCAGUUGUGGCAGAAAACCUAGAGGAUGCUCUACAGAUCGGAUUACAGCGAGCCCAAACUAAACAGAAAGCGUCAUGUACGAUAACCUCAGAAGAGGAGGCAGGACCAUCUGGAAGUGGACUCAAGCGAAAGGGGGAUGACAAAGGAGGGCCUUGUCCCAAAGUCAAGAAACACAAUGAAUGGUUAGGGAUUGACAUUGAGAAUUUAAGUGAUGAAGAUAGUGACUCCAAUAGUGAUUCAGAAGACCAGAGUGAGGCAGCAUGUGGUUCCACAGAUUCUGAACAGGCAGAAAAAGUUAACCCUGAACAUAAAUGUACAUCAGACAGCGACACCGGUGAAGAAGUGACAUCAGUGAAUAGCAAGGAGACUCUGCAAAAUCCACCUGAAACAUACACUCAGACAAGCUCAGAGAAACCUGAACAGGAUAUCACAGACUGUCAGACUGACAGUAGUACUUCAGAACCAGCUACAGAGCAAUCAAAGAAAACAGAGGUAUACUCAGCAAUACUCGCAGACUGUCAGACUGACAAUAGUACUUCAGAACCAGCUACAGAGCAAUCAAAGAAAACAGAGGAUGAUAAGCCUUUUGACUUUGAUGACUACAGCAGUUCAACUGAUUUGGAGACAUUAGGGCUGGAGAAACUGAAGGCACUCCUGGUGGAGAGAGGGAUGAAAUGUGGAGGAACCCUACAGCAGCGGGCAGAGAGGCUGUUCUCAAUUAAAGGCCUAGACCCCAAAAACAUUGAUCCCACACUGUUGGCUAAGCCAUAUAAUGGGAAGGGAAAGGGAAAGAAAUAAUGCUCCAGUGGUUUCAGUUUUAUGUGGAGAAUAUAGGAUGAACUUGAAUAUCGGAUGAACUUAAUAUGUUAAUUCUGUGUUUGUUGCAAUAUUUUUCAUGAAGUGGAUACUUGUACAAGUGUCUGUAGAAAAUCAUUUUGUAUCUCAUCACAUGGUUUUUAAUUAAAAAUAAACUUACAUUUUGAAAUCUG